AUGUCGCUUGCCAACAUCCUCUGGAGAGAAGAAGGUUUGGGGAUCGGCAGCAUGUACUAUGUGUUCUACGCGGACGGCAUCAAGGUGAUCCAGCCUGUAGCCUGCGAGAUACAGAGACACAUCAAGCCCACAGAGAAACUACUGGGCAGAGAGGAGGAGGUGUGUCCUGAGCGUGAGGGGUCAUCAGGUCAUCAGCGCUGUGUGUGGGCGUCGGCGGUGAACGUCAAGGAUAAAUACAUUUAUGCCACCCAACCGCUGCUGAACAGGAUACUCAUCAUAGACACCCAAUCACAGAAGGCCGUGCAGAGUGUGUCUACAGACGCGGUGCCAGUGAAGCUUCAUUACGACGCGUCACAUGACCAGGUCUGGGUGCUCAGCUGGGGAGACGUGAGGAAGACGAACCCAACACUACAGGUGAUUGGCCAGGCCAGUGCUAGCUCCUCCCAUCACACUGUUCACACGCAGCCAAUUGGUCAACACUUUGACCGCGUAGAAGAUUUCUACAUUCCAAACCCCAACCUCCUGGACACCCACAUAAGGUUUGGCAUGGUUCUCCACCGUGAUGAGAUGGUUCUCCUGAAGCUUGACCUUGAGAGCGGUUCCUACGUAAAGAACAUCAGCCUCGCCGAGUUCCACUGCGUUCCGCAGUCACUCGCCUACACCCACCUGGGGGGACUCUACUUCGUCAGUUGCCGUGACGACCAGGCUCGGCGUGUUGGUGGGCGUCGCCCCCAGCUGUUGGUUGACGCGGUGACCGACCUGGUGAUCGGCGAGAACGGUGACGUCAGCGGAACACCAUACGUGUCACCUGACGGCCGACACCUGGUUACCGUGGACGACGGAGAGGGGUUGCUACGGUUACAGGAGGUGUCCCCGCGCGGGGCUCUGGGCCGCCCGUUUGACGUCCACACCAACCUCCACGUGUCGCAGCUGGCGUUCAUGCGCUCCUUCACCACCGCGGGGCGCUACAAGGCCUUCGCCAGCUCCUCCAAUCAGACGGACGCCCUGGUGGUGGAACUGUCCAGCGGCACCGUGCGAUUGGUCAAAGGUCUCCGGGAGCCCCUCCCCACUCGCCUCUGGCCCUGGUCGUCAACGGCAACGGCAACAACGCCCGGUAACGGUAACCGUGGUGGCGAGCGUUCCCCUGGCAACCGUGCGAUGGUGUCGAGCGGGAUGUUUGGUCAGUACCUGGCGUCCCCGGCGAGGUCAUCGCUCCUCGUACUCGACGGACGACUCGACCGACUGAACUGUGAAAUCACCGACGUGGAGAACGGCAACACUGUGGUGUGGAUCGGGGACAUGUAG